AUGAAAGGCUCCCGGACCAAGGGCGGCAUCCCCGAGGGCAGCCCAGACUAUGCAGAUCUGAGCCUGACUGGCCAGCCCCCACCCAUGUCCCGGCGCCCCAACAGUGCCUCUGCCGCCAAGCCCCUGGCCCGCUCCAUCUCUGUAACCACGGGCAGUGAGCCCAGAAGGAAAGCGCUGGAGACCUCAGAGCCCGGGGGCUCCCGUUCUGUCAACAACCUUCGGAGAUCAAAUAGCACCACUCAGGUCAAUCAGCCAUGGGCCAGCACCCUCAGGGCAGCGGAGCCCCCCAACUUCCUGGCAUUCUUCGAGGGCAGCGCCGUGGGGAGGAAGAAGCCAGCCAGCCUGGGCUGUACCCCGAGUGAGCAGGGAGCCACGUGGCACGCCCUGGAUGACCAGCCCCGUGAGUUGGCCCUGGCACCUGGCACCCAGAACCCUACCUCUCCUGAGCCGCCCACCAGCCUGAGGAGGAGGGAGUGUUCUGUAACCCUGGCUCCUACCUUCACGGCCAACAACAGAAGCAACAAGGGAGCCGUGGGCAAUUGUGUCACCGCCAUGGUGCAUAACCACUGCCCACCAGCCGAGAAGGCACCCCCACCCAAGAGCUCCAACCACACAGCCCUAUGCCUCAACAACAUCAUCAAGGCAGCCACGGACGAGGGCACUGCCGAGGGCAACGGCUUAGGGAAACCCCAGAAGAACGUUCUCAGUAGCAGCCACGCGUCCCGGAACCACGGUGCAGGGCCGCUCAGGAAGGAGGUGACAGAGGAGGAGGCUGAAAGGUUUAUUCACCAGGUAAACCAAGCAGCCGUCACCAUCCAACGCUGGUACCGCCACCAGGUGCAGCGGCGCCGAGCCGGAGCAGCCAGCCUGGAGCACCUGCUAAUGUCCAAGCGAGAGGAACAGCGGCAGCAGCAGGCGGAAGGGAACAUUCUGGAACUGCACCAGCAGAAGUUGGCGGCGAGAAGGAAAGCCCGAGAGGAGAAGGCGCGCCAGGCCAGGCGGGCAGCUGUCCAGGAGCUGCAGCAGAGACGUGCCCAGAAGUCCACUGAGGCUGAAGUUGUCCCACCUCAGGAACCCCGAGGGGUGGGGAGGCCUGGGUCUGCCCAGGAACCACUCCUGACAUCAGGGACCAAUGCCCGCCAAGCCCCCAAGGCCAACAACACAGGCCCCGAGCAGCCUGGUCCACUGGCCCCCGGCCUGACCCUGGAGCCGUGUCCCUCUCAGGAGGACAUCCUGCAGGUCUUGCAGCAACUUUCCCGCCUGACUUUGGACACCCAUGCCCAGGACGUGACCAUUGAGACCCUGGAAACAGGCCCCACCAAACCUAGGGUGACCCUCAGCGAGCUGCUGGACACACUGCAGCUACUGGAGGCGGCGCCCGAGCCACUGCCCCAGCCCCCACCCUACCUUAAGGAGAAGUACGCUUGGAUUGACGAGGAGGACACCACCAGCUCCCUGACUGCAGACAACCUGGAGAGGCUGGGGCAGCUUAGCUCUGGUGCCCCCGACGAUGGCACGUUGCUCUCAGAGGCCAAGCUGAACAGCAUCCUGACUUUCCUGGAGGAGAUGGAGCCGUCGGCACGGGAGCGGCCUGCCCCGGGCCCCCAGCGGGAGGGGCCGGUGCUGGGGGCAGAGCUGGCCGGCCUGGAGUGUUCAUCCUCAGGGACCACAGCCGUCAUGCGACUGCAGCUAGAGGUGGAGGAGAAGCGGCAGGCCGUGGAGCUGCUACAGCGGGCACUGAUGCAGCAGCGGUCCUUCACAGCGCGGCGGGUCGAGGAAGCAGAGAGGGAGUUGAGUCGCCAGCUGCGGCAGCAAAAGAAACAUUACGAGGCCACCAUCCAGCGGCACCUGGCCUUCAUUGACCAGCUCAUCGAGGACAAGAAGGCCCUGAGCGACAAGUGUGAGGCUGUGCUGGCUGAACUGCGGCAGGGUGACCACAGGUGGAAGGAGAGAGCAGCCCAGAUGCAGACGCAGCAUCAGCUGGAGCUCAAGAAGCUGAAAGAAUUGAUGAGCGCCACCGAGAAAGUCCGCCGGGAGAAGUGGAUCAAUGAGAAGACCAAGAAAAUCAAGGAGGUCACUGUCAGGGGCCUGGAGCCCGAGAUUCAGAAGCUGAUCGCCCAGCACAAACAGGAGGUCAAGAAGCUCAAGAAGCUACACGAGGCUGAGCUCCUACAGGCAGAUGCUCAGGCCGCUCAGCGCUUUGCGUGCCAGGCUGAGGAACUGCGGGCACGCCUGGAGCAGGAGAAGGAAGCCCUGGGGCAGCGGGAACGGGAGCUGGCCCGGCAGCAGGUCGCGCAGCACUUGGAACAGGAGCAGCAGACGUUGGAACUGCAGCGGCGUAGGCUCCACAGUGAAGUAGCUGAGGAGAGGGAGCGGCUGGACCAGCAGGCAGCCAGGCAGCGCGCCGAGCUGGUGGCACUGAGGCAGCAGCUGGAGGAGAGUGGAGCCGCAGCGGGCCGUGCCCUGCGUGCCGAGUGUGAGAAGGCAGCUGAAGAGCAGGAGCGCCGGCACCAGGCGGAGCUUCGGACCCUGAAGGAACAGCUGGAGGCAGAACGACAAAUGUGGGAGACCAGCUACACCAAGAAGGAGGAAGCAUGGUUGUUGGCCCGGGAGCAAGAGCUGAAGGAGGAGAUCCGGAAAGGCCGGGACAAGGACAUCGAGCUCGUCAUCCAGAGGCUUGAGGCUGACAUGACCCAGGCCCGGGAGGAGGUGGAACGGGCCGCUGAGAAUCGAGUCCAGCGUCUACGUGGCAAGUUUGAAGCUGAGCUGCAGGAGCUGGAGAAGUCGGAGCGGCGGCUUCAGGAGCGGUGCUCGGAGCUGAAGGGCCGCCUCGGGGAGGCCGAGGGGGAGGCCGUGAGACUCCUGGGACUGCUGAGGCACAAGGAGCAGGCGCUGGAGGAUGCUCGGGCGGUGAACGAGCAGCUGACGGCUCAGCAGGGCAGCCAGGGGGCCCAGCAAGAGCUGGCUGCCACAGAGGGGGAGAACCGGCGGCUCAGGGCAGAGCUGGAACGCCUCUCUCGGGAGAAGCAGGAGGAGCUAGGAGAGGUGCAUCGUAGGGUGAAACUAGCUCUGGCUAGAAAGGAGGAGGCGGUAAGCACCCUCCGAAAGCAGCAUGAGGCCGCAGUGAAGCGGGCAGACCACCUGGAGGAGCUGUUGGGGCAGCGAAGACCACCGGCCCUGACCUCCAAGUGA